AUGGACAAAAAACUCAAUUCCAGCGAGCAUAUAUCUGUGACCACCGCCAAAGCUUUUGCAGUGCUCGGUUUCAUUCGUCGCAACGGCGCGGAAUUCAACGACGUGUUUUCUUUAAAAAGUUUGUACAGCUGUCUUGUUCGCAGCAUACUUGAAAAUGCCGUACCAGUUUGGGCACCGUUCCAUGAAGUGCAGUCAGCCCGUAUCGAACGAGUUCAGCGUAGUUUUGUCCGGUUCGCCCUCAGGAGGUUGCCCUGGACCAAUCCUUUGCGAUUACCACAGUACAAGGAUCGUUGUCAGCUAAUGCACUUGGGAUCGCUCCGCCAAAGACGUGCAUAUUUGCUGCGGAUGUUCGCCUUUGACCUGCUAAGCCACCGGCUGGACUGCGAUGAGCUACUACAGCGUGUCAUCUUUUAUGUUCCGACUCGCUGCUGCCGUCAGCUGCAACUAUUUUGGGCUAGAAGACCUCCGAAGACCUUUGGGCUAGAAGACCUCCGUUUUCGGCCAGAACCAUCCGCUAGAAAGAUGUUUCAACCUUCUCAAUGA